AUGGCAGGCAGGGACGUGGACGGCCAGGGGCCGGUUUGGAGGAGCGGCGCGGCGCGGGGUCCGGGAGCCCCGGGCGGGCCAGGGAGCGAGGCGGCCGCCGACUGCCCCGAGCCGCUGUCCACUGCUGAAGCGCCGGCGGAUGGCGCCGCGCUGCCCGCCUGGAUGCGCCUUUACUUCUACGGGAUGCACGGCAUCACCCUGGACGUGCUGGUGUCCUCAGCCUGGCGCUUCGCUCGCAGCCCGGACCUGCGGAUGCUCGGCUUCUCCUCGCCCUACCGUUGCCUCUUGCACUCGCUCACGCACUUCGCCCUGGAGAAGGUCUACCAGCAGCAACCGCGCUGCCCCAGCGCCUUCCUCUUCAAUUUCCUCGUCUACCCCUCUGCCCACGUGGGGCUGCAGACCCUGGCCGGCCAGGCACUGCUGCUGAGCCUGGGUGGCGGGCCGGCGGCGCCGGGGGCUCUGGAGCUGGCGCUGCAAUACGUGCUGGCUCUCUACCACUGCCAAGUGUUCCUGAAGCGCUUCCUGCGCUUGCGGUACGCGGGGUGGCAGCGCCAGGGCGCGCUCACGGUUGCUCCCGGCGCCCGGACCCCGGCAGCAGCUGGUGACCGACGGCGACAGCCCCGAGACCCCAGGGGUACGGAAGGAGGCCCCACUCGGGGGCUGCCUGACCUGCUACGGUUCCUGUUCUUCGGAAUGCACGGCUUUCUGGAUGAGAUCUUUUUCACCUUCUUUUUCAACGUGCUGGGGCAGGGGGCCGGCGCCACCAGCGGUCACACCUCGCUCUGGUCUUUCUUUAUGUAUGGCAGUUGCAGUUUUGUGGUGGAAAAGCUCUACUUCCACCUCUACUACAGCCGCGGGUGGGGCACGUGGAAGCGGGUGCCCAUCUAUGUGAUCUUCAUCUACGCGUGGGAGUUGUCCUGGGGUCUGGGACUUCGCACCUGCGGGGCUUGUUCCUGGGACUACUCUCACUACCCACUCAAUUUCAUGGGCCUCAUCACCCUGAUGUAUUUACCUGGUUGGGUAUUCCUCAGUGUAUACCAGGACCUGCUUUCCAACGUGUUGUGGCGGGUGCAGUAUGUCCCAGCUAACUAAGCCACUACUACUUCUACACACACACACACACACACACACACACACACACACACACGGCAUUGGAUUCCCAAGAAUGAAUGUGAUUUAUUUUUACACAUUUAAAAGAGUGGUAUUUUUAGCCUUUUAGUUUUUAUACGCUUUACUAAACUCUUCCAAUAUUUUAGUCGAGCUUGUAGUUUUUCUAUGAGAAGUCUAUGUAUAAUACAAUUACUUCGAACUAUUACUCGAAAAAAAUAACCCAAAGUACUUAACUCCUGAAAAACUUUAAAAGCCCAACAGCAAAACCAUUAGAUCUUAACAUCGGAAAGAUAGAGUUUUCUCCUAUCUGGGGAUAGAUGUG